AUUCGAUAAUAUCUGAAUGUAAUCGAAUGCAUGUUUCGAAAGGUGGCAGCACUGGUUGGCCUGUGCAUCAAAUUGAAAAAGUAGACUUAAUUUGAUAGAGAAAUAAAAAUGGAUUACAAAAAUUUCCGACCGCCGAAUGAUAAUUCUGCGAUUGGUGCCAUCAAAGAAUUCAACAGCCCCAGUAAACAUUUGGAACCGCGCCGAAUUCAGGAGCUCUUAAAAUCGCCGCUGCAUUUUAAGGCAGUCGAAAACUGCACAUCGAAAUCGCUUAAUGUUGUUGGGUUUAUAUCAAAGCCCAUGUGUAUGCAACCACGAUCUACAAAGGAAUUGAAACAAUCUCCGCUGCAUCUUAAGGCGGUGCAUCCGAAUCCAAAGUCUGUGUCGAAAUCCGCGGAAUCUCAUAGUCCUAACUCGCCUCGGAGAGAAUAUGGUCGCACAACUGGGCGUAAGUUAGAUCUCAACAAGGACUUUUUGAUAAAAAUAGAGAAUCGCAUUGUCUCCUAUCUACGGAGAUUAAAGGAUUUUCAAACGAUCUUAAAGCCAGGCCUGCAAAAACUGGGACUAAACGACUUCGUACGUAUUCUGAGUCAUUUCUUGACCUUCACGGGCGUUCGGCUAAAACCUUUCGACAAAGAAAACAAAAUUGAGCAGACGAUCGUGGCAAUGCGCCAGUUGCAAUAUCCAUACAAGCUGAACAAAUCAUGGAUGUUGGUGCCCAGUGCAUCGAUCCAAAAUGUGCUGCUGCUGUUUGAUUUUCUCUUGGACUUUGCGCCACAAGCGAAUGAAUCUUGUGAUUUGAAUGACGAGAAACUGAUGAACUUACAUGAAAUUAAACAAUGCGAAGAAUCAAACGUGCAGCUAAAGCAGGAACUCAUGGAUGUAGAGAGUCAGCUAUUAGCACAAGUCCAAACAAAUGAUUCAAUUAGCCAACAGUUACGCCACGAGUUGGGAACGGAAGCCGAACUGCAGGCUCAGCUAAAAGGAAAAAAGGAGCAGUUGCAUGCGCUACUUGAGCAAACUGCACAACAUGAACAGAAUAUGGGGCGACUGUGCCUUGAAAUAUGGCGCAGUAAGAAGCAGCUAAAAGAAUUUAAACAUCGAUUGACCCAAGAGUGUUGCAGUUACCAAGCGUAUGGCCAUAUAUUAGAAGAGUCUAACAAUCAACUGCGACUGCGCUGCAGUCAAGUUCAGGAGCUUGUUGAGCGAACCCGUCAAAAUCUUAAAAUUACCAUUGAGGAUUUCAAUGUUUAUGUGCGCCACUGCUAUAAUCAUUUCGGAAAUGAAAUUCUUACCUGGGUGAUAUCCCCCUUGGCUCCGACUUUAUCUCAAAUUCAAAGCACUCAGCGUCAACUAAAUCAGCUACGGCAUCAAUUGGCAUUUCCAGCUCGUGACAACAUACGAUUUCCAUUAACAGAUAAAUAAUAGUAUCAACGUAAACAUUAAGAAUAU